UUCCUCCUUAAGUCAAAAAAAACAAAAAAAAAAAGGCGAAAACUUUGAAAUUUGUCGGCGUUGUUUUGAAUCUGUAGAACACUAAAAAUUGAGUUUUUUUUUUUGAUGAUUUGAUAUGCAGUAUCCGAUCUCUGGAUCGGUUGCUGUAUAGAGACUUGAUUCUCCGGCGGUGUUACUCAAUUUCCCGGUGGUGGUUUUGUGAUUUGAACUGAGACGUCUUUGUGUGUGUGGGUUUAAGAGAUGGAUUUAGUUGCUAGCUGCAAGGAGAAACUUGCGUAUUUCCGGAUAAAAGAGCUCAAGGAUGUGCUUACUCAGCUGGGACUUUCUAAACAAGGGAAAAAGCAGGACCUUGUUCAGCGGAUCUUGACUAUUCUUUCUGAUGAGCCUGCGGGCAGGUUGUGGUCUAAAAGGGAUGCCAUGGCAAGGGAAAAGGUUGCAAAACUAGUGGAGGAUGCAUAUAGGAAAAUGCAAGCAUCUGGGGCAAGUGAAUUAGCGUCCAAAGGAAAAGUUAGUUCGGAUAUCAGUAAUGUUAAAGUUAAGGGAGAACUUGAAGAUCCCUUUCAACCAGAUAACAAAGUUCGGUGUAUUUGUGGAAGCUCACUAGAGACAGAGUCAAUGAUACAGUGUGAGGAUCCGAGAUGUCAUAUCUGGGAGCAUGUUGGUUGUGUCAUUAUUCCGGAGAAGCCUAUGGAAGUAAACCCACCUCUUCCUGAAUCAUUUUACUGUGAAAUAUGCCGACUUACCCGUGCUGACCCAUUUUGGGUUACAAUGGCGCAUCCAUUGUAUCCUGUCAGGUUAACUACAACGACAGCCCCAACUGAUGGUUCAAACCCAAUGCAGAGUGUGGACAGAACAUUUCAAAUAACAAGGGCAGACAAAGAUUUGUUGGUGAAACAUGAGUACGAUAUUCAGGCUUGGUGUAUGCUCUUGAAUGACAAAGUUCUAUUUAGGAUGCAGUGGCCUCAAUAUGCUGAUCUGCAAGUCAAUGGUGUACCUGUUCGAGCAAUUAACCGACCAGCGUCACAGCUUCUGGGGGCCAAUGGCCGCGAUGAUGGACCUAUGAUCACACCUUGUGUUAGAGAUGGAAUUAACAAGAUAUCCUUGAGUGGAUGUGAUUCCCGCAGUUUUUGUUUGGGUGUAAGACUUGUGAAGAGACGAACUCUGCAACAGGUCUUAAACAUGAUUCCGGAUGAGGAUAAAGGUGAACCUUUUGAAACUGCUCUUGCGCGUGUACGCCGAUGUAUUGGAGGUGCAACUGGAAAUGAUGAUGCUGACAGUGAUAGUGAUAUUGAGGUUGUUGCAGAUUUCUUUGGUGUCAAUCUCCGUUGUCCUAUGAGCGGCUCUAGGAUGAAAGUUGCUGGGAGAUUUAAACUCUGUGUGCACAUGGGAUGUUUUGACCUUGAGGUGUUUGUGGAGCUAAAUCAACGUUCCAGAAAGUGGCAAUGUCCUAUUUGUCUGAAGAACUACUCUCUGGAGCAUAUAAUUGUAGAUCCUUAUUUUAGCCGUAUUACAUCAAAGAUGAGACAUUGUGAUGCAGAGUUGACUGAGAUUGAAAUAAAGCCUGAUGGUUCUUGGCGUGUGAAGUUCAAAAGUGACAGCGAUCGUAGAGAAUUGGGGGAACUCUCAAAAUGGCACACACCUGAUGGUAGUCUCAUCCCCACGAUUGAUGAGAUUAAACCUAAGAUGAUAAUGCUAACAUCAGUUAAACAAGAAGGUUUCUCAGACGAUCUAACCCCUUUGAAACUUGGAAUAAGGAAGAAUCGCAAUGGCAUUUGGGAAGUCAGCAAAUCUAAUAUCAAUGGUUUGUCUUCCAGUAAUAAGCAAGAGAAGGUUGAGUAUCAGGAGCAAAAUGUUAUACCAAUGAGCAGUAGCGCAACUGGAAGUGGUAGAGAUGGCGAUGACCCUAGCGUAAACCAGGACGCUGUUGGGACCUUUGACUUUGGAAACAAUGGGUUGGAGCUUGAUUCUCUAUCCAUGAAUGCAGAUCCAAGCUACAACUUUAGUGAUAGGAAUCAUCAACCAGCAGUUGAAAGUAAUAAUGAAGUCAUCGUUCUAAGUGAUUCUGAUGACGAAAAUGAUGUUGUAAUUACUGGGGGUCCUGCUUUCAAUGAGAAUCAACCUGAUGGCGAGGCAAACUUUCCAUUGCACCCACCUGGUAUUAACUCGUACAGUGAAGACCCUCACACCAUGGCUGGGAGCAGUUCGGGCCUGGGUCUUUUCACCGACAUUGACGACGAUUAUGAUAUGCGCCUUUGGCAGUUUUCUUCAGAACCCCAAGGAGGCCCUGGGUUCCAAUUAUUUGCUUCUGAUGCUGAAGUAUCAGAGGAUUUAGUUGGUUUAAAGCCUGGUCUACCGAACUCUGCCCCUGCAAUAAGUAGUGGUUACACAAUAGCUCCAGAGCAAUCAAUACCAUCUGUUCCUAUAUUUCCAGAAUUGGGUGGGGAACGUGAAGCAGAUGCAAACGGUGGAUUAGUGGACAAUCCUCUGGCAACUAGUGAAGAGGAUCCCUCACUUCAAAUAUUUCUGCCAACAAGACCUGAUACCUCACCUCAGUCUGACUUAAGAAAUCAGGCAGAGGUGUCAAAUGGAACUCCCAGUGAUGAUUGGAUCUCCCUUAGACUUGGUGAUCAUGGAGAGACAGUAGGUGUAAACAGAGUUAAUGAAAACAAUCCAGUGUCGACGAGCGAGGGUGUUUUGGAUACCUUGUCAGAAACAGCGUCGUUGCUUCUGGGAAUGAGUGAUAGUAGUAAACAAGAGAAGGCAAGUAGACAAAGAUCAGAUAGCCCGUUCUCGUUUCCUAGGCAGAAGCGUUCAGUAAGACCCCGGCUGUAUCUCUCCAUUAACUCAGAUUCAGAAUGACUCAUGAUUUAUUUGUCUGGAUGAUGCUACUACCCAUAUGUAUAGCCUACCUCAACUUGUUUAUUUUAUUUUGCGGGGAUGAUCCAUCCGGUGUUACUUUGAUUCUUUACAUAUACAUAUAUGCACAGAACAA